UAUUCUUUAAUAAUUCAUUAAUUUAAUUAUAAGCUUUUAGUGCGGAGCUGAGAGAAGCUCCAGCGAGAUCGAGCGGCGCUCGCUCGUCCUCUCACUACUUCGCAACCCCCAUUUCGAUUCGAAGCCCUCAAAACCCUAAGAAAAAUGUCGGUCUCCGAUCGAAACCCUCUAUUGAUUCCGCAGAGAAACCCCAAUCGCCAGAUUCGGCGCUGCCUCCUCCUCCUCCCUGCCGCCGCCGCCGUCCUCUUCCUCCUCUCCACCAGAACCUCCUCCGCCGCGGGGGCGACGGAGGGAACCAUGGUUACCUCCUCAGAUCCGUACUUGGCCAGGCUUCCUCGCAUCCGGCGAUCGGUCCUUGCUGUCCGAUCGGACCCCCUCCGGGAGCGCGCGAACCUGAUCCGCAAGCAAGCCGGCGACCACGCGGCCCUCGCGGCGGCGUACGCCUCGUAUGCUCGCAAGCUCAAGCUGGAGAACUCGAAGCAGGUGCGUCUCUUCGCGGAGGUCAGCCGGAACUUCUCCGCCCUCCUUGCCUCCGCCCGGCCCCUCCUCGACCCCGCCACCCCGCUCGAUGACUCCUCCCUCCGCCACUUCGAGCACGAGGUUAAGGACCGCAUCCGCGCCGCCCGGCAACUUAUCACCGACGCCAAGGACGCCUUCGACAACCAGCUCAAGAUCCAGAAGCUCAAAGACACCAUCUUUGCCGUCAACGAGCAGCUCUCCAAGGCCAAGAAGCAGGGCGCCUUCUCCAGCCUUAUCGCCGCCAAAUCCAUCCCCAAGAGCCUCCACUGCCUCGCAAUGCGCCUCAUGGAGGAGCGCAUCGCCCACCCUGACCGCUACGCCGAUCCCCCCUCCCCUCCCCCCGAGCUCGACGACCCCCGCCUCUAUCACUACGCUAUCUUCUCCGACAACGUCCUCGCCGCCUCCGUCGUUGUCAACUCUGCCGUCCGCAAUGCCAAGGAGCCCUGGAAGCAUGUCUUCCAUGUCGUCACCGACCGCAUGAACCUUGGUGCCAUGCAGGUCAUGUUCCGCCUCAAGGACUACAAUGGCGCCCACAUCGAGGUCAAGGCCGUCGAGGACUAUAAGUUCCUCAACUCCUCCUACGUGCCUGUCCUCCGCCAGCUCGAGUCUGCCAACCUUCAAAGGUUCUACUUUGAGAACAAGCUCGAGAACGCCACCAAGGACACCACCAACAUGAAGUUCAGGAACCCCAAAUACUUGUCUAUGCUCAAUCAUCUGAGGUUCUACUUGCCAGAGAUGUACCCGAAGCUCCACCGGAUUCUGUUCUUGGACGACGAUGUGGUGGUGCAGCGGGACCUCACAGGGCUGUGGAAGAUCGAUAUGGAUGGGAAGGUGAAUGGGGCGGUGGAGACGUGCUUUGGGUCGUUCCACCGGUAUGCGCAGUACAUGAACUUCUCGCACCCAUUGAUCAAGGCGAGGUUCAAUCCAAAGGCUUGCGGUUGGGCGUAUGGGAUGAACUUCUUCGAUCUUGAUGCAUGGAGGAGGGAGAAGUGUACUGAGCAGUACCAUUACUGGCAGAAUUUGAAUGAGAACCGAACCUUGUGGAAAUUGGGAACCCUGCCACCAGGCUUGAUCACAUUUUACUCAACAACAAAACCCUUGGACAAAUCUUGGCAUGUGCUUGGGCUUGGAUAUAAUCCAAGCAUAAGCAUGGAAGAGAUAAAGAAUGCUGCUGUCGUCCAUUUCAAUGGCAAUAUGAAACCCUGGCUAGAUAUUGCCAUGAACCAGUUCCGACACCUCUGGACAAAGUAUGUGGACUAUGAUAUGGAGUUCAUCCACCAAUGCAAUUUUGCAUCAUAAAGGAGAAUGUGCAUAAGCCAAAGCAUCUAUGAGAAUCAGCGAAACUGUUUUUGAAUGGAUGCAUCCAACAGAGUCAGCAAACAAAAUAUCCCAGAGCUGGGACAGCAUGGCAGCAUGUCUCCCAUCUGACGUCCCAGUUUGCUCAGACACAAACGCAGCCAGUUCAAGAUUUUCUCAAAGGUCACAAAAUGUAUAGGCAAAGCAAGCCCAUAUCUAAAAUUGUAAAUAGUUGAAAGUGAUUUAUCUCGUGUUUUAUCCUAGAACCUGCCGCCUCCACAAUGAGCACGCCUGCUUGUUAUCGUUUGUGGUCUGCUUCAAGAAUGUCCUGAGUUCAAGUAUUUUUCUCUCCGGAUUAAUUUAUUUAAGUCUACUUAGCAUUCUCUUUGAGAUAUAUAUGGAUUUUGGAUCCUGUAGAUAUUGGGAUAUAUUGAUUAUCAGAACUAGGUGCAGAUCUCCAUUACAUUUUUUUCUUUCCCUUUUUAAUUUUCAUGAUGAAUCUAAUGAAGCAUAGCCAUCAUUGAAAGAAAAA